GUCCAGUCUCGUGCGCCUGACGGUUGUGUUUCCCGUGUUUCUCACUUCGAGGCGAACUCCUCACACGUUUGUUUUUAUCCUUUUCCGGGUUUGGACGUGUUGUUUUAUUUUUUCUACUGUUUGUGUUUUGUUCUUCGCUGAUUUCCAGGAUGGUGAAAGUGUCUUUUAACUCUGCUCUGGCUCAAAAAGACGCAAAGAAGGACGCGGAGAGUCUGAUCCCGGAGGACGAGGACAAAGAUGCAGAGGCGGUGGUCUCUGUCAGACAUCAGUCCAGAGCCUGGUGCUGGUGCAUGUGUCUGGGCUUGGCGCUCAUGCUCAGUGGAGUCGUGGUGGGAGGAGCCUAUCUGUACCGCUAUUACAUCACCGGGGAGGGUCAGGUGUUUUACUGUGGAGUGAACUACAGAGAGGAGGACUUCAUGAUGCUCGAGGACGAACAGGUGGAGGUGGAGGUGGAGGCCCAGAUCAGUCUGAAGCAGCUUCAGGAGAGGAUCCAAGUGCUGGAGGAGGAGCAGGUGGAGCUCAUCAACGUCCCAGUGCCUGAGUUUGACGACAGGGACCCGGCCGACAUCGUGCACGACUUCCAGAGGAUGCUGACUGCGUAUCUGGACCUGAGUCUGAACAAGUGCUACGUUAUUCCCCUGAACACCUCCAUCGUGAUGCCCCCCAGAGACCUGCUGGAGCUGCUCGUCAACGUCAAGGCCGGGACGUACCUGCCCCAGUCGUACCUGGUGCACGAGGAGAUGGUGGUGACGGAACGCAUCGAGAACGUGAACCAGCUCGGCUUCUUCAUCUUUAACCUGUGCCGUGGCAAAGAGACGUUCAGACUGCAGCGUCGAGACAGGAUCCCGGGGAUACAAAAGCGUGAGGCCCUGAACUGCCGCAAGAUCCGCCAUUUUGAGAACAUUUUCGUGAUGGAGACGAUGAUCUGUGAGGAUUAAAUCGGACGUCUCUCUACACUGCAAAAAAAAAAAAAAGAAUAUCUACCUGCAAAAGCAUGACAUGAAUUCAUAAGAGUUUUUAUUUAACACGUUCUGUUUCUUUACACUUUCAUGACCAGGCUGCACUUCACUACAGACAUAUCCCUGUAAGAAGAUGGAAAAAAGCUUUGUAACUGGGACGAAACUCAUAACCACAACACGAGUCAACCAUCUUCAUACCACAGCGCGUCAUCCUCUCUGCUAAUUCCUGUCCAAUUGUGUUUCAAUCAGGUUUUUGCAGGAUCAGCUAACACCUUAAAAACUACAUAAAUAAAAUGGCUUCAGCAGAGACGCUUCUGUGUUUAGAAAGAGACAUGUUUCUGUCUCAAUGCUAACGCUAAUGCUAAACUCCACAAACCGCAGUGUUCUCAUAGACUGUUUAUGUAAAUGGACGUAGCUAAUCCGCUAACCGCCGCGAAGUGACCGUCCCCGCUAAACCAGCGCUGUGCUCACUCAGUCCACUACUUCACACAGUCUGUGAGUAUUUACGUAUACAAAUAAUUCUGUCGUCUUUAUUUUGAUUCAUUAUUAUUUUAACAGGUUGUUUAUUUGAUAUUUUAUGGUUUUAAUAAAAGUUAUCUUACGUUUUGAGACACAGAGCCAAUGAUCUUUACUUUGGCUGUAUGUCUUUAUAUUUCUCUUAACAUGAUUAAAAAUUAAGCUCCACCAAAUUACAGAAAUUGAAAAGUGCAAAACUUUAACCUGAAAUGAGAUGAAAUGUGCUGGAAAAAAUAUGAAACGGGUAAAAAAAAAAGUUGGAUGAUGAAAUAAAUAAACCAAGUUAAACGUUCCCAAAUGAAAGGCCCUGAAUCUGAUGUUUUUAUCGUGAGUUUGAGCAAAGAGUCAGGAAACAGACAGAAAAGCCCUUAUAAACUCAUCAUGGUGAGUCAUUAGGACGCUCUGAAUGCAUAAGAUCAGUGAGGAGGAACUUUGGACCACAGACUGUUUAAAAUGAACUCGUUUUUUGUUUUUUUUAUGCUUUUAAGUAAAAAUCAAGUGCAGAGCCUUAAAGAUUUCUGUUCUGAAUUCAGUAAGUCAUUUGAAGUCGUCUAGAUAUUCAUGUUUUGCAGUGUGAAAAGACGAGAUACCUGAUGUGUUUGGAGAAGAGGAGCAGGAGGAGAGUGUGUGUUUCACUUUUACAGUUUGAUUUCUGGAGAUUAUAGUGUCUGGACUUGAGCUUAGCCGUUUCACAAAGACACUUAGUGCUAAAUAAUAUCACUCAAAUAUUUACAAGAAGCUUUUUUGAAUUGUGUUGAGAACAUAAGACUUUAUAUAAAUGGACAUAGCUAAGGCCACCGCCGCGCUCCAAACAGGAAGUGAUCAUGUGCACUUCCUGCUCCAUUGACUCUGGCUCCAAUUCACUUUCUGUGUAUAAACAGCGCCCCCUCUGUCCUCUCUCUGUCUCUGCUGCUUCAGACUCAUUCUGGUCUUAAAUGUUCGUAUUAACCCUCUACACGAUCCUGGGGUUUUUAUUUCACUAUUGUGUCUGUAAAUCAAGAUCUGAACAUUAAUAACAGACAAAUCAGGUCCUUCUGUCCCCGAGGUCGCUCCUGUUAGCGUUAGCAACAGGUUUGAUUGACAGCGUCGCUAAACUCAAAAAAUCAGACCUGUUUAGUCCUGUUUAGUCCUGGUUCAGUCCUGGUUCAGUCCUGGUUCAGUCCUGGUUCAGUCCUGGUUUAGUCCUGGUUUAGUCCUGGUUUAGACCUGGUUUAGUCCUGGUUCAGUCCUGGUUCAGUCCUGGUUCAGUCCUGGUUUAGACCUGGUUUAGUCCUGGUUCAGUCCUGGUUCAGUCCUGGUUUAGUCCUGGUUUAGACCUGGUUUAGACCUGGUUUAGUCCUGGUUUAGUCCUGGUUCAGACCUGGUUUAGUCCUGGUUUAGUCCUGGUUUAGUCCUGGUUUAAUCCUGGUUCAGACCUGGUUUAGUCCUGGUUUAGUCCUGGUUUAGUCCUGGUUUAGUCCUGGUUUAGUCCUGGUUUAAUCCUGGUUUAGUCCUGGUUUAAUCCUGGUUUAAUCCUGGUUUAGUCCUGGUUUAGACCUGGUUUAGUCCUGGUUUAGUCCUGGUUUAGUCCUGGUUUAGUCCUGGUUUAGUCCUGGUUUAGUUCUGGUUCAGUCCUGGUUCAGUCCUGGUUCAGUCCUGGUUCAGUCCUGGUUUAGUCCUGGUUUAGUCCUGGUUUAGUCCUGGUUUAGUCCUGGUUUAGUCCUGGUUUAGUCCUGGUUUAGACCUGGUUUAGACCUGGUUUAGUCCUGGUUUAGUCCUGGUUUAAUCCUGGUUUAAUCCUGGUUUAGUCCUGGUUUAGACCUGGUUUAGUCCUGGUUUAGUCCUGGUUUAGUCCUGGUUUAGUCCUGGUUUAGUCCUGGUUUAGUCCUGGUUUAGUUCUGGUUCAGUCCUGGUUCAGUCCUGGUUUAGUCCUGGUUCAGUCCUGGUUUAGUCCUGGUUUAGUCCUGGUUUAGUCCUGGUUUAGUCCUGGUUUAGUCCUGGUUUAGUCCUGGUUUAGACCUGGUUUAGACCUGGUUUAGUCCUGGUUUAGUCCUGGUUUAGUUCUGGUUCAGUCCUGGUUUAGUCCUGGUUUAGUCCUGGUUCAGUCCUGGUUUAGUCCUGGUUUAGUCCUGGUUUAGUCCUGGUUUAGUCCUGGUUUAGACCUGGUUUAGUCCUGGUUUAGUCCUGGUUUAGUCCUGGUUCAGUCCUGGUUUAGUCCUGGUUUAGUCCUGGUUUAGUCCUGGUUUAGACCUGGUUUAGUCCUGGUUUAGUCCUGGUUUAGUCCUGUGUCGACUCUCUUGUCUGUAUACAUCCGUCUAUUUGCCGUAAACUUAAUCUCAUAAAGACACAGAUGUAUUUUUUUUCUACAAACAUUAAACUUUGGGACUUUCUCGUCUGCUGGAGCUUCUCACACUGCACCACUUUCUACGUCUGAAAAACACUUCAUUUAACAGUUUUAUAUUUGAGUAGACUGGUGUUUGAGGGUUUGUGUGAAUUGUGUUUUGAAUGUGUGUUUUUGAAUCAUUUUCUGUGUAACUCAUUUGUGUGUAUAAUCUCUUUAAAAUAUGUCCACAUCUACUCAAUAAAGAGGAAAACUUCUA